CCCAGCAGAAAUUUGGCGGCAAUCUCGAAAGUGAAAAUGGAAAUGAAAGGUGCGGAGCGGAGAAGACGACUAUACCCUCUCUCCGAUCGCACCAACUCGUCUUCUUCCAACAACUUCAACAAAUCUGUCACCAAAUGCAACUCUCUUCUUCUUCCUCCUCCUCCCGCCUUGUGCAGUGGAACACAUGAAAGGAGAAAUAACCAUAACAAAGCGGUGACCAAUCCACAACAAAACGUCUCUAAUAUCCGGGGAGGAAGUGAUGAAGUUAAAGCUUUGGAUCUCCUCGAAGACAAGCAUUCGACAGUUCCUUGUAGAAAGAAGCAGCGUUGCAUGUCUAACCAACAAAAGAAGUCCAAGAAUUCCCAGCUGCAAGAUUUCAUUGAAAAACAGAAUGCCUACUACAAAGAGGUCGAUGACUUUGUGCUAUCGGUAGAGGAGGUUGAAUCCAUUCAUGAGCUGGAGUAAGUGGAAGAGAUAGCAGCAUGAGUCCUUGUUUUUAGUUAUUUGUUUUAAGUGUUGAUAUCCUAAUCAAAACCAUGAUGUAGAUAAGCAAAUAUCUAAGACUUCGAGUUCGUGAUUACUUUCGCCAUAGUCUAAUGGGGUAUGAAAAGAAACCACAGGAAAUUUUGUUUGAGGAUGAGAACUAAAAUUACAUGUAUUGAAACCUAGAAAGUCUAU